AUUUAUCUUUGUUAAUAAUGAUUAAUGAUUAAUUACAGGGUGGUGGAGAACAUCCGGCUCGUGCCAGUACACAGGAUAGUAAAGACUACUCUGAUAUCUCACAAUAUGCUAAUGCUCAACAGUUGUACAGCGAUUAUUUGAAGCAUUCAAUGGCUGAACCAUUGCCUGAUGCAUUCGGCUAUGAUGAAGCCGAGUUCAAUGAACCCGAUGAAUCCUUGAAUCCGUCCGUGGACCAGAUGAGCAGGUCGCUGCCGGGAGGUGGUGGAGGGGCCGAGGAGGGUGCAGAGGGGGACACCGAGCAGGACAGGAGGGAGGCGCUGUUCGAGGAGUUCUGUGCGCAGAAGGUGCAUACCCUCGAUGAUGACGAUGACAAUGAUGAUGAUGACAGUGAGGAUGGGGGCGGGGAUGCUAGGGAUGAGGAUGGCAAUGCUCAAUGGGCGUGGAACGGCGACAGUGCAGCCAACUUCAACCGGGCUGACGACAUUGAGAGGCCGGGACCCGAGGGCCGUGAGGAGGGGGGAGGGGGCAUGGAGCUCGACCAAUGGGUUAUCAACAAUAAUCGAUCAGCUGCUCCUUGGUCGACGUCUAGCGUGAUCCCUCAGCAAGAUCCGUGGGCUAAUACGCCGAUUAGUACGUCAACCGAUGAUGAAGGCUGGGCUAAUUUUGACGCUCAGUUUGAUACGGCUGCUUCCGACGGCUUUACUAGUGAUAAUAGAUCGGAGCCGACCGGCUCAGUUGCCUUUCAGUCGGAGUCGACUGCCAACUCUCUGCUAAACUCGGCGUCUGUCGACUCGUUCAGUGGCAUCAUAUCUGCCUCUGCCUCUGUUGGUCUUCCCUCCUCUUCCCCCUCUAGUGAUAAUAAUGCUAAUAUUAGUAGUGUGCCGCAAAAUGAGCCAGCUGAAAGUGCAAUGCUCAUCGAUAAUUUCAGGUUCCUCUCUGGAACAGGCCUUAUGUCGACAGCUAACGGAGAAAUAGCAGCAACUGAAGAGAACAAGGAUGACGUCAAAGACAAGGAGAUGAGUGUGGACAGCAGUAGAGAGGAACAAGGAGGGAAAAAUGAGGUGCAGCCUGAAAUUGAGAAAGUAGUGGUAUUGGCUGCUGCAGCUGCGUCAACAAGCGACCCAGCCAAUCAGAAGCCGGGAGGGGAAGCCCCGCCCACCAGCGCCACGCCUCCUCCAUCCCCUCCGCCACUCCCAGCAGCUCUAAAUUCGGCCUGAUCUCUGCCUGUUGCAAUCCUCCUUCGACUCAUAUCAUCCCGAUCAUCGUGAUCUACGUUUUCGUUGAGAAAUUAUUGUUGCUUGCUCCAAGAAUGGGAUCGCUCAGUUUUUUAACUUUGAUAAAUUAUAUAUAAAUGAAUGUGGUUACUACAAUGACAGUGUUGAGUAGGUAUGCUCGACCCUUGUACAAAUAUAAUUUUUGUUUCAUCUCUGUCCAAUCUACAACAAUCUUUGUUACCAAUAUUUUAAAAUUAGUUUAUAGUCUGUGUGGCAGCUUCUAUUUUGUAGCUCGCCGAUAAACAACGCUUUUCUAUGUCCCUAAAUCGAUUUCUUCUCAGUUUUCCCAUUUUAUACCAGUAGUAAACAAACAAAGCAAUAAAUUGAACAUCACUAUUUCCAUACUGGACUAGUAGUGUUCCUUCUCUUAAUCACUUCUAAUAGGGGGACUAGUGUUUCCGUAAUAUCUAUUACAAAUAAUAAAUCAUGUAUACUUUGUAAAUAGAUUUAUAUUCAUUUUUUUGAUUUAGUUAACGAUUUAUCUGUUGUUCACUCAUGUUCUUGUCCUCCCGACGUUUUGGGGAUGACGAUGAACAAUUCACUAGUUCACUAGAAAUUCACUAGUUUAUUAUUGUUGCGUAUUUUCACUCGUUUUGUCUGGGAUUAGUCGAAAGUGUUCGUGAGUAAUAAUAAGGCUUGUCCACUAAUUUAAAUUCAAUUCAAUGAACUUUCAAUUGAAGUUGGAAAACUACAUCCAAAACAAAUUUAAAUUAUUGGGGAAGCCGUGCACAUAACCUAAAUGUUUGUUUAUGUACUGUGGUCCUAAUUGUACUCUCAAAUUCCUAUUUGAUAAUACAGUGCCUUACAAAAGUUUGAAGUGUGCUUUAAUAUCCAGUAAUGGAAUAAUUUGUUGUCAAAUCUGCAAAAUUUGCAGGUGUGAUAGGGCAAGCUCACUAGGACACCAUAUUUGAAAGUUGUUUGUAUUGUCAUUCAUUUACUCUCAAUCUAUUUGUAAUGUUUAAGUAUUUACUUACUAUCUUUCAAUGCCGUGAAUGAGUUCUUUCAUGCUCAUGAUUUUUUGUAACUGAAUUCGGGAUUUUAAUUCAUUUGAAAAUUGUAACAAAUUCGUGAGUUUAAAGAAUAUAUAAAUCCCAUUUAUGAUUUAAUAUCCAAAUAUAUAAUGGAGUGAUUUCAGAAUCAAACUCGAAUUUUGCAAUGUCUAGUAUGAUGUUCUAAAUUCUCAUCCCACCAAAUUUGCUUUCCAACGCUUGAAUUGAAUCAAUAAUCAGCAAAAUUCCAUUGAAUACGAUCUCAAAAAUUAUACUUUCAAGCUCUCACUUGAAAUUUGUGACCUUAAUCUACAAUUCAAGUUUUAGUGAUAGAGUAGACGUUACUGUCCAAUCUUCACAUUAUCUAUAGUAAUUUAAAAAAUAAAAUAAAUCAAGUAGCCCUUUAGAAAUAAAUGGAAGAUAGGCAUAAUUCUAUUAUAUUAUAUAAAGUUGAAUACGAUCUCAGAAAUGAUCUCAGUAUUUCACAAAAUGGAGGCAGAAUCUUUCUGUCGAUUUUUUGCAUGCAUAAUAGAAUGAAUGCUUGGGUGGACUUGUGGUUGAAAAUUUAGGAGAAAGGCUUUUUUAGUCUCAAGCCUGUUGGUUCCCCAACUAUUUCAUUAAUCUGUGAAUCGUUCUGUGUUGCGGUAGAUAUCCAUAUUGAUAAUGUUAAAAUCACUUACUAUUUAAAAUAACAUUCUAUGAAAAUCCUAACUAUGAUUGACUGGUUUUGUGUGGCCUCCGAACCACCACGACGUAAUACUUUAGCAAUAUAAAGGGUGUCCUAGUGAGAUAUUGCCCAAAUUCUCAGAUGGUCUUAUCAGAUAACUCCAAAACGCGCCGUAAUCGAUUGUGCCUCUUAGAUGUUUUUCUGUUUAUCGAUUAAGUAAUCGUCGAUCAAGUAUUGAUUGUCGAUCGAGACUAAUCCCAGACGUUUGCUCGUGUAUGGUGAGACAUUGUUAUGUGAAUAUGUUAUCUUUGUCACGUUAGUAUAUAUCUAUAAACUGACAAGAAUGGAUGUUAGGUUUGUUGAAUGUAUGUACUUAUUUUAGGCCCUUGUAACUUGUACAUUAUUGAUGUUAGGAAAAAUUGAUUAAAUUUUAAAAACAUUACAUUCGGGGUCAUUCCACCUUAUUUCAUUAGUCAUUCUGACUAUAAAAAUAAACUUUUUUAUCAUCGAUCUUGAUUUGUUGUUAAAUAUUAAUAGUUAUUAUGUUGAAACUAUAUUGGUAAACUACUCGAUGAUGUAUGUAAUUCGAAUUUGUAAAAUGUAAUUCCAUGCCUCAAUUCUUUCGACAAAUUGUAAAAUGUUUCAAUAUUAGUUCUUACUAAAGGCCGGCCGGUUUCCAUUACAUAAAUAAUGCCAAUUUUUUUUUUAAACUAGCAAUCCAUUUUCUUAUUGCGUAGCAGUUUGGCAUUGUUUACGAGGGACUAUUAAAAACAACCACCAAUAUUGUGAUGAAACACAUUGUAGGCUACAAUUUAGUGCCCUAUAAUAAUAAUCUUUGGAGAAUAGAAAUCUAUAUAGUGCAUUUCAAUUGUAUAGAAUAGUAAUAAUCUAUUCCGAGCUCUUAAAUUGAAACGAUAUACAUUUUUGGAAUUUGUAGUAAUGGAAACAAGGCUGAAGUAUUUGUAUUCUGUUGCAAUAUGUGGUAUUGUAUUUGUUGAAUAGACCAAAUAUUUAUAAUGUUUUCACAUAUUUUGUAAGCUUCAGCAUGAUGGUUUCAGGAAGAACUCUUGAGAAUAAUAUCAAGCAAAUUGUUCAACUAGAAUGAUAUUACGUUAUUCGUAAAAAUUAUGGUAAUUAAAUUUAUAAUCUUGCCAGUUUUUUGAGUAAUUGGUAGUUUUAAAUCUAGGUUUCCAUAAACGAUCUACUUUUGAAGUACACCAGUUUAGAAAAAGCAUUUUUAGUAAAGAGACGGAAGUUUAACCAAAGAGCUCUUAUUAAGUGCCCAAUAAAAUAGUUAAAUUAAAUUUAUAAUCAUCAACAUUUGUUCAUAGAAAACAAACACCAAUAUCAUCGUUUAUUUUGAAAUUAUAAUUUACAUACUAUUUGCAGCUCUCAUAAUCUAGUUUAUGCAAUACUCAUCAAAGGCAAUCAUACUAUUGAAAUGUAUAAUUAUUUUGUUCAUGACAUUCAUUAGUUUUAUUUACUAAUAUUUUUUGUCAGUGAAGAACAGCAAUUAAAUAAAUAUUUUCCAAGGUU